AUUAGGUACCAUAGAGUGAGGCGAGGAUGAAGCCGAGAGGAUACUGCAGAGAUCUGUGGUGCAUGUGUGUAUGUGUGCGUGUGUGUGUUCGUGUGUGUGUGUCCCGCCUCAGUGAGACUGCAGCCCUGGUAAAUACUCGGUCACCCUUUGCAAAGGGAAUCUGAACAAUCUGAAGGCACGUUGUUAUCAUCCGGUCUUUGGGAGAUGCUGCUCCUCGUUGCAGAUGGGUAAUUUUCCUUUUUAUCAGGACUUUCAUAUGCAGAGUAAAUGGUAAUUAAAAUGUGCAGGAUGACAAGAUGGAGCAAACAGUGCUUGUACCACCAGGACCUGACAGCUUCAACUUCUUCACCAGAGAAUCUCUUGCUGCUAUUGAAAGACGCAUUGCAGAAGAAAAGGCUAAGAAUCCCAAACCAGACAAGAAAGAUGAUGAUGAAAAUGGCCCAAAGCCAAAUAGUGACUUGGAAGCUGGAAAGAACCUUCCUUUUAUUUAUGGAGACAUCCCUCCAGAGAUGGUGUCAGAGCCGCUGGAGGACCUGGACCCGUACUAUAUCAAUAAAAAAACUUUUAUAGUAUUGAAUAAAGGGAAGGCCAUCUUCCGGUUCAGUGCCACCUCUGCCCUGUACAUUUUAACUCCCUUCAAUCCUCUUAGGAAAAUAGCUAUUAAGAUUUUGGUACAUUCAUUAUUCAGCAUGCUCAUCAUGUGCACUAUUUUGACAAACUGUGUGUUUAUGACAAUGAGUAACCCUCCUGACUGGACAAAGAAUGUAGAGUACACCUUCACAGGAAUAUACACUUUUGAAUCACUUAUAAAAAUUAUUGCAAGGGGCUUCUGUUUAGAAGACUUUACUUUUCUUCGGGACCCAUGGAACUGGCUUGAUUUCACUGUCAUUACAUUUGCAUACGUGACAGAGUUUGUGGACUUGGGCAAUGUCUCAGCGCUAAGAACAUUCAGAGUUCUCCGAGCACUGAAAACAAUUUCAGUCAUUCCAGGCCUGAAGACCAUUGUGGGGGCUCUGAUCCAGUCGGUGAAGAAGCUCUCCGAUGUCAUGAUCCUGACUGUGUUCUGUCUGAGCGUGUUUGCCCUGAUUGGGCUGCAGCUGUUCAUGGGUAACCUGCGGAAUAAAUGUGUGCAAUGGCCUCCCACCAAUGCUUCCCUGGAGGAACACAGUAUAGAGAGGAAUGUAACUAUGAAUUACAAUGGCACACUUGUCAAUGAAACUCGCUUUGAGUUUGACUGGAAAUCAUAUAUUCAAGAUACAAGAUAUCAUUAUUUUCUGGAGGGUGUUUUGGAUGCACUACUAUGUGGAAAUAGCUCUGAUGCAGGUCAAUGUCCAGAAGGAUAUGUGUGUGUGAAAGCUGGUAGAAAUCCUAAUUAUGGCUAUACAAGCUUCGACACUUUCAGUUGGGCUUUUUUGUCUCUGUUUCGACUGAUGACUCAGGACUUCUGGGAAAAUCUGUACCAACUGACAUUACGUGCUGCUGGAAAAACAUACAUGAUUUUUUUUGUGCUGGUCAUUUUCUUGGGCUCAUUCUAUCUGAUAAAUUUGAUCCUGGCUGUGGUGGCCAUGGCCUAUGAGGAACAGAAUCAGGCCACCUUGGAAGAGGCAGAACAGAAAGAGGCUGAAUUUCAGCAGAUGCUCGAACAGCUUAAAAAGCAACAAGAGGCAGCUCAGCAGGCAGCAGCUGUCACUGCCUCAGAGCAUUCCAGAGAACCUAGUGCCACUGGGGGGCUCUCUGACAGCUCAUCUGAAGCCUCCAAGUUGAGCUCCAAGAGUGCUAAGGAAAGAAGAAAUCGGAGAAAGAAAAGGAAACAGAAAGAGCAGUCUGGUGGGGAAGAGAAGGAUGAGGAUGAGUUCCAUAAGUCUGAAUCUGAAGACAGCAUCAGGAGAAAAGGGUUUCGCUUCUCCAUAGAAGGGAACCGAUUGACGUAUGAAAAGAGGUACUCCUCCCCACACCAGUCUUUGUUGAGCAUCCGUGGCUCCCUAUUUUCUCCAAGGCGAAAUAGCAGAACAAGCCUUUUCAGCUUUAGAGGGCGAGCAAAAGAUGUGGGAUCGGAGAAUGACUUUGCUGAUGAUGAGCACAGCACCUUUGAGGAUAACGAGAGCCGGAGAGACUCCUUGUUUGUGCCCCGACGACAUGGAGAACGGCGCAACAGUAACCUGAGUCAGACCAGUAGGUCUUCCCGGAUGCUGGCAGUGUUUCCAGCAAAUGGGAAGAUGCACAGCACUGUGGAUUGCAAUGGUGUGGUGUCCUUGGUUGGUGGACCUUCAGUUCCUACAUCGCCUGUUGGACAGCUUCUGCCAGAGGUGAUAAUAGAUAAGCCAGCUACUGAUGACAAUGGAACAACCACCGAGACUGAGAUGAGGAAGAGAAGGUCAAGUUCUUUCCAUGUUUCCAUGGAUUUUCUGGAAGAUCCUUCCCAAAGGCAACGAGCAAUGAGUAUAGCCAGCAUUUUAACAAAUACAGUAGAAGAACUUGAAGAAUCCAGACAGAAAUGCCCACCCUGUUGGUAUAAAUUUUCCAACAUAUUCUUAAUCUGGGACUGUUCACCAUAUUGGUUAAAAGUGAAACAUAUUGUCAACCUGGUUGUGAUGGACCCGUUUGUUGACCUGGCCAUCACCAUCUGCAUUGUCUUAAAUACUCUUUUCAUGGCCAUGGAGCACUAUCCAAUGACAGAACAUUUCAAUAAUGUGCUUACAGUAGGAAACUUGGUUUUCACUGGGAUCUUUACAGCAGAAAUGUUUCUGAAAAUUAUUGCCAUGGAUCCUUACUAUUAUUUCCAAGAAGGCUGGAAUAUCUUUGAUGGGUUUAUUGUGACACUUAGCCUGGUAGAACUUGGCCUUGCCAAUGUGGAAGGAUUAUCCGUUCUCCGUUCAUUCCGACUGCUCCGAGUUUUCAAGUUGGCAAAAUCUUGGCCAACAUUAAAUAUGCUAAUAAAGAUCAUCGGCAAUUCAGUGGGGGCUCUGGGUAACCUCACCUUGGUGUUGGCCAUCAUCGUCUUCAUUUUUGCCGUGGUCGGCAUGCAGCUGUUUGGUAAAAGCUACAAAGAUUGUGUCUGUAAGAUCUCCACCAGCUGUGAGCUCCCACGCUGGCACAUGAAUGACUUCUUCCACUCCUUCCUGAUUGUGUUCCGUGUGCUGUGUGGAGAGUGGAUAGAAACCAUGUGGGACUGUAUGGAAGUCGCUGGUCAAGCCAUGUGCCUUACUGUCUUCAUGAUGGUCAUGGUGAUUGGAAACUUGGUGGUCCUGAACCUCUUUCUGGCCUUGCUUCUGAGCUCAUUUAGUGCAGACAAUCUUGCAGCCACGGAUGAUGAUAAUGAAAUGAACAAUCUCCAAAUAGCCGUGGACAGGAUGCACAAGGGAGUAGCUUAUGUGAAGAGAAAAAUAUACGAAUUUAUUCAACAAUCCUUUGUUAGAAAACAGAAGAUUUUAGAUGAAAUUAAACCACUUGAUGAUCUAAACAAUAAAAAAGACAGUUGUAUGUCCAAUCAUACAACAGAAAUUGGAAAAGAUCUUGACUAUCUUAAAGAUGUGAAUGGAACCACAAGUGGAAUAGGAACCGGCAGCAGUGUUGAAAAAUACAUUAUUGAUGAAAGUGAUUACAUGUCAUUCAUAAACAAUCCCAGUCUUACUGUGACUGUACCAAUUGCUGUAGGAGAAUCUGACUUUGAAAAUUUAAACACAGAGGACUUCAGUAGUGAAUCAGAUCUGGAAGAAAGCAAAGAGAAACUUAAUGAAAGCAGUAGCUCCUCGGAAGGCAGCACUGUAGACAUUGGUGCACCUGCAGAAGAACAGCCUGUAGUGGAACCUGAGGAAACCCUUGAACCUGAAGCCUGUUUCACUGAAGGCUGUGUACAAAGAUUUAAAUGUUGUCAAAUCAGUGUGGAAGAAGGGAGGGGGAAACAAUGGUGGAACCUGAGAAGAACGUGUUUCCGAAUAGUUGAACACAACUGGUUUGAGACCUUCAUUGUCUUCAUGAUUCUGCUUAGUAGUGGUGCACUGGCAUUUGAAGAUAUAUAUAUUGAUCAGCGAAAGACAAUUAAGACAAUGUUGGAAUAUGCUGACAAGGUUUUCACUUACAUUUUCAUUCUGGAAAUGCUUCUAAAAUGGGUAGCAUAUGGCUAUCAAACAUAUUUUACCAAUGCCUGGUGUUGGCUGGACUUCUUAAUUGUGGAUGUUUCAUUGGUCAGUUUAACAGCAAAUGCCUUGGGUUACUCAGAACUUGGUGCCAUCAAAUCUCUCAGGACACUGAGAGCUCUGAGACCUCUAAGAGCCUUAUCACGAUUUGAAGGGAUGAGGGUGGUUGUGAAUGCCCUUUUAGGAGCAAUUCCAUCCAUCAUGAAUGUGCUUCUGGUUUGUCUUAUAUUCUGGCUAAUUUUCAGCAUCAUGGGCGUAAAUUUGUUUGCUGGCAAAUUCUACCACUGUAUUAACACCACAACUGGUGACAUGUUUGACAUCAACGAAGUGAAUAAUCAUUCUGAUUGCCUAAAACUAAUAGAAAGAAAUGAGACUGCCCGAUGGAAAAAUGUGAAAGUAAACUUUGAUAAUGUAGGAUUUGGGUAUCUCUCUUUGCUUCAAGUUGCCACAUUUAAGGGAUGGAUGGAUAUAAUGUAUGCAGCAGUUGAUUCCAGAAAUGUGGAACUCCAGCCUAAGUAUGAGGAAAGUCUAUACAUGUAUCUUUACUUUGUUAUUUUCAUCAUCUUUGGGUCCUUCUUCACCUUGAACCUGUUUAUUGGUGUCAUUAUAGAUAAUUUCAACCAGCAAAAAAAGAAGUUUGGAGGUCAAGACAUCUUUAUGACAGAAGAACAGAAGAAAUACUAUAAUGCAAUGAAAAAAUUAGGAUCGAAAAAGCCACAAAAGCCUAUACCUCGACCAGGAAACAAAUUUCAAGGAAUGGUCUUUGACUUUGUAACCAGACAAGUUUUUGACAUUAGCAUCAUGAUUCUUAUCUGUCUCAACAUGGUCACCAUGAUGGUAGAAACAGAUGACCAGAGUGAUUAUGUGACUAACAUUUUGUCACGCAUCAACCUGGUGUUCAUUGUGCUGUUCACUGGAGAGUGUGUGCUGAAGCUCAUCUCCCUCCGCCAUUAUUAUUUUACCAUAGGCUGGAAUAUUUUUGAUUUUGUGGUUGUUAUUCUCUCCAUUGUAGGCAUGUUUCUGGCUGAACUGAUAGAAAAAUACUUUGUGUCCCCUACCCUGUUCCGAGUGAUCCGGCUGGCCAGGAUUGGACGAAUCUUGCGUCUGAUCAAAGGGGCCAAGGGGAUCCGCACGUUGCUCUUUGCUCUGAUGAUGUCCCUUCCUGCCUUGUUUAACAUCGGCCUCCUGCUCUUCCUGGUCAUGUUCAUCUACGCCAUCUUUGGAAUGUCCAACUUUGCCUAUGUUAAGAGGGAAGUUGGAAUUGAUGACAUGUUCAACUUUGAGACCUUUGGCAACAGCAUGAUCUGCCUGUUCCAAAUUACCACCUCCGCUGGCUGGGACGGAUUGCUGGCACCUAUUCUCAACAGUAAACCACCAGAUUGCGAUCCUAAUAAAGUAAACCCUGGAAGCUCAGUUAAGGGAGACUGUGGGAACCCCUCAGUAGGGAUUUUCUUUUUUGUGAGUUACAUCAUCAUAUCAUUUCUGGUUGUGGUGAACAUGUACAUUGCUGUCAUCCUGGAGAACUUCAGUGUUGCUACAGAAGAAAGUGCAGAGCCCCUGAGUGAGGAUGACUUCGAGAUGUUCUAUGAGGUUUGGGAGAAGUUUGAUCCUGAUGCCACCCAGUUCAUGGAAUUUGAAAAACUAUCUCAGUUUGCAGCCGCUCUCGAACCUCCCCUUAAUCUGCCACAACCGAACAAACUUCAGCUCAUUGCCAUGGAUUUGCCCAUGGUCAGUGGUGACCGAAUCCAUUGUCUUGACAUCUUAUUUGCUUUUACAAAGCGGGUUCUGGGAGAGAGUGGAGAGAUGGAUGCUCUCCGAAUACAGAUGGAAGAGCGCUUUAUGGCUUCCAACCCAUCAAAGGUCUCUUAUCAGCCAAUAACUACGACUUUAAAACGAAAACAAGAGGAGGUGUCUGCCGUUAUUAUUCAGCGUGCUUACAGGCGCCACCUCUUAAAGCGAACUGUAAAACAAGCUUCAUUUACAUAUAAUAAAAAUAAAAUCAAAGGUGGGGCUAAUCUUCUUGUGAAAGAAGACAUGAUCAUUGACAGAAUAAAUGAAAACUCAAUUACGGAGAAAACUGACCUGACCAUGUCCACAGCAGCUUGUCCACCUUCUUAUGAUCGGGUAACAAAGCCAAUCGUGGAAAAACACGAGCAAGAAGGCAAAGAUGAAAAAGCCAAAGGGAAAUAAAUGGAAACAAAUAAGAAUAAUUGGGUGGCAAAUUGUUUACAGCCUGUGAACGUGAUGUAUUUUUGUCAACAGGACUCCUUGAGGAGGUCAAUGCCAAACUGACUGUUUUUACACAAAUCUACUCAAGGUCAGUGCCUACACUAAGACAGUGACCCCUUGUCAGAAAACUGUGACUCUGUGUAAAGGGGAGACGACCUCGACAGGAGGUUACUGUUCUCACUACCAGCUGACACUGCUGAAGACAGAGACAAAAUGGCUACUCAGACUGUAGGGACCAGUUCAAAGGGGUGCACACCUAUAAUUUGGGAGUUGUUUAACACGAAACACUUUAGUGUAGUAAUAGUAUCCACUCUUUGCAUUUCAACUGCCACAUUUGUCACAUUUUUACAAAAUCUGUUAGGGGAUUCAUCUUUUUUUUAAUCCAUACGUUGUUUAUUAUAUGUGACUAUUUUUGUAAAUGGGGUUUCUGUUGUGAAAUAGACAAAGGGCCUCUUCAACAGGUAUGCCACUGGGGGUUAGCGCAAUCACACGGCCUCCCAUCUGCACAAAGGCGUGGUUUGCAUGAGGGCAUGCUGCACUUAGAGACCAUGCAUGAAAAAAAAGUCACAAGGAAAACAAUGAGUUCUUAAAUUCCAUCCAUGUUUCUGGGAGGGGUAAUUGGGUGAUAAUUGGAGGUGCUUUGCUGAUCUUGUUUUGUCAAAUCCAGCCCCCAGACCAAGUAGAUCAUUAUUGGGGGGUAGGCCAUUAAAUCUUAGCAGGUGCAAACUUCCUUCAACUGUCUGGAGUCAUAAAUGUUGUGUUUCUGUUUAUUAUAUUUAAAAAACAAAACAAAACAAAUCAAAAAACAAUAACAACUGAGAAAUGAGCAUUGCUUCUCUCCUGAAGACUGAAAUGACCAAAAGAACCCUUUAUAAAUUUCUGCUUAAUCCUGCACUUUGGUUAGCCAUCUUCAGCUCAGCAAGGUUGACAACUGUAUAUGUUAAUGAAAUGCUAUUUAUUAUGUAAAUAGUCAUUUUAUCCUGUGGUGCACGUUUGGGCAAACAAAUAAUGACCUAAGCACAGUAUUUAUUGCAUCAAAUAUGUACCACAAGAAAUGUAGAGUGCAAGCUUUACACAGGUAAUAUAAUGUAUUCUGUACCAUUAUAGAUAGACUGGAUGCUAUCAGUGCAUGUUUCUAUUACCAUGCUGCUGUAUCUGCUUUCUCCCACUGCUCAGAAUCUCAUUUAUGAGAAACCAUAUGUCAGUGGUAAAGACAAGGAAAUUGUUCAGCAGAUCUCAUUUCUUUAAGUCAUUAAGCAAUAGUUUGCAGCACUUUAAUAGCUUUUUGGUUAUUUUUAAAUUUUAAGUGAAUAACAUAUGGUGUAUAGCCAGACUGUACAGACAUGUUUAAAAAAACAACAACAAACACUGCUUAACCUGUUAAAAAAUGUGUUUAGAAUUUUAUAAGCAAAUAUAAAUACUGUACAAAGUCAUUUUAUUUUAUUUUACAGCAUUAUGUAUGUAAAUAUGAAGAGGAAAUUAUCUUCGGGUUGAUAUCACAGUCACUUUUCUUACUUUCUGUCCAUAAUACUUUUUCAUGGAAGACAUUUGCUAAAUAAGAAAAGAAAACAAGACUGGGUAGUUGUAGAUUUCUGCUUUUUUAUUACAUUUGCUAAUUCUAGCUUAUUUCACAAUUUCCCCCUUAUAAGGGGCAAAAUAGGUUCACGAGUCACAUCCAAAUUAUGCUCUGCAAUUGGAAAAGGGUAUAAAAUUUUAUUUACAUUUUUGGUAGUGCCUGCGCAAGCUAAUUGAAGGUAAUGCUUAUUUUUCAUUUUUGUCCUUUUCUUUCUAACUUUUGUUUAUGUUUUCAUUUCUUUGGAGUCAUGCUGCUCUAGAUUGCUCUAAAUAUAAUGCGAGUUCUGCAGUUUUUUUCCCACAAGAACAGAGAAUAGUAAACUUAAAUAGACAAUUACAUCAGGAUAUUUUGUGUUUCUUACAGAAGCAAACCAUAGGCUCCUCUUUUUCUUAAAAUUACUUAGAUAAACUGUAUUCGUGAACUGCAUGCUGGAAAAUGCUACUAUUACCCUAAAUGAUGCUAACAAACACUAAAAAUGUGCAAAACUAAUAAAGAUUACAUUUUUUAUUUUA